AUGGCAACACGACGCGAUGAACCUCGCGCGUACCAGCAGGAGGUCGCCAAACGAGCUAUCGAGGGCAACGUCAUUGCGGUCUCCGACACUGGAAGCGGCAAGACCCUCAUAUCCGUCAUCCUGCUCAAGCACAUGGUGGCCAAAGCGCGCCAAGAAGCCAAACAAACCGGGCGCCAGAGAAAAGUCGCCUUCUUCGUCGUGAACAAGGUCCCCUUGGUCUUCCAACAGCACGCCUACAUCUGCAACAAUAGCGAUAUCAAGGCAGAAGCCGUCUGUGGUGCGAUGGGUGCCGACAACUUUGACGAGGAAAGAUGGAACACUAUCUUUGAAAAAUCGGAGCUCAUUGUUAUUACCGGACAAAUCCUCUUCAACAUCCUCAAUCACGCUUAUAUCAAAAUUGACCUUUGCAGUCUCUUUAUUUUUGACGAGUGCCAUCAUGCAACUAAGAAUAAUCCCUACCGAAAGAUCAUGACGGAGUUCUAUCCAGAGGCCCAGGAACGACCCAAGAUCUUUGGCAUGACCGCAUCCCCUCCAAAAGACAAGGGCGCUGCGAAGUUUGCUGCUGUCGAACUGGAAAAGACGAUGGACUGUAACAUCAUCACAGCCUCGUACGAUGAGGUCCUCAAGUUCUCCCAACGCCCAAGGGAGCGUGUCGUCAACUACACUGGCGUGAAAAUCGGCACCGGUCCCGUCCCGGCUGAGGAUGUCACGCGCGAGUUUUCAAGACUCUCCGUUGCCGAGCAGCAGUCCUGUGAGCAAUUGGUGGCCAUGCUCAAGGAUGACAGGAAGCUCAAACCUGCAAUUACCUGGUAUGAAGUUGCGAUCAUCGAGCUAGGACCUUGGUUUGGAUCCAAGAGCUGGAGGUACAUUCUUGACACCCUCAAGGAGGACAUCCAGUUGACUGACACCAACUUUCUCGCUCAACGACUGGAUUUGAUCCAACGCGCGGAGCAAAUUGCCACUUCGAUGGCCAAGUCUCGCCUCGACUUGGAUUUGUCCCAGGUCACGCAGAAAGUGCGGAAGCUCGUCGAGGUCUUGCAGGAGGCCGGUCUCCAACCUGGGUUCUGUGGGAUCCUCUUUGUGGAGCGCCGGCCCACUGCCCAUACUAUGAAGGUUUUCCUAGACGAGUGCAAGAAGUUCGGUCCAGAAUAUGGGUUGGAUUUUAUCCAGUCUGCUGUCCUUACGGGUCAUGGCGGCAAAGGUGACGUCAAAGAGCACCUAAUGAACAUCAAGGCGCAGAGGAAGAUUCUGGAGGGUUUCCGAAAGGGAACGUACAACCUCUUGAUCGCAACCGAUGUUGCCGAGGAAGGUAUUGAUAUCGAUCGGUGCCGUCUCGUCAUCAGGUUUGAUGUCAAGAACACGGUCAUCAGCCACAUCCAGUCGCGUGGACGCGCUCGGGAUCCCAACUCGGAGUACGUCAUCAUGCUGCCCGAAAACGAUGGCUACCUGGAAAAGAUCUCUAGAGCCGAGGCGGACAUGCGAAUGUGGUGUAGUGAACUCCCCCAGGACCGAGUCAUCCGCCUUCGAGGCCCUUCUGCGAACGGCGAUGAUGAGGACGAUGAGGACACCAACUUUGGGCUGGAGGAUAUGAAGGAAUUGGCUGAUGUCGAGACUGUCUUCAAGGUCGAGUCCACCGGCGCUCGGGUCAUCUUUCACACCGCCGUAUCUCUCCUGCAUAGGUACUGUGAUUCCUUGCCGGCCGACAUCUACACGACUUGGAAGCCUGAGUUCAAUAUCACGAAUGUGAAGGGUAGCUUUCACUGUGAGCUGACCUUGCCCUUGAACGCGCUUGUCACCCAUUUCGACUCGGGACCGUUCUCCAGAAAGUCUCUGGCCAAGAAGGCAGUGUCAUUCCAGGCCAUUAAGGAGCUCUAUCUCUGUGGGGGUUUGACGGACAGGCUGUUGCCUCACCGCAAGGCGCCCAUUGUCAAGGACGAUCUGAACGAAGAAAAUGAGGAAUCUGCCGGGCAAGCUCCUCCGGUCUCUCUGUACCCGAUCCAUCAACCUACCUUCUGGGAGAACAAGAUCAAGCUCGUCCCAGGAUCGGAUUCAGUGUCGUUGCACGCGACACUCUUUUCGCUCAAGCAACCUGCUACGAGCACCGGCGGUGACGAGACGCUGCCCAUCUCCAGGAUUCUUUGCCUGUUCACUGCUACACCACUCCCGCAGUUCGAUCCCAUCGAGCUCUUCUUUGAUGGUGACUCUCGUUUUGUCGAUAUCGUCCGUCUCAACAGUCGCGUCGAUCUCUCGGUGCAACAAGUUGAUGACCUUUACGAAUACCACAAGCAGCUCUUUGAUACCGUCUUCCGCAAGCCUGUCGAGGUCGGAUCCCUGGAUACUGGGGUCCGUCUUCUGAUUGCACCUCUCAUGCGACACCACACUGGUUCUGAUCUUCACAAGGACCUCUCAGCGAAUACCCUCAUUGACUGGAGCGAGGUCCAGCUAGGAAGCUCCUCGUCUUCGACUGCAGCAUUCUACGGCUUACAGGACGCCGACCUCUCCUGGGAUCGCCUGCAGGAUACGGUGUUGCUUGAGAAGGGCCAGUCGAAUCGGUUCUUUACUUCAACAGCCCUCAGGACAGAUUUGACGCCCAACAGUCUCAUCCCAACAUCCACCACAUCUCCUUCACCUUCUUUUUUGUCUGACGACGCCUCACAGGCUGAAGAGUCCGACCCAGUGGCAACGAUCAACACCUUUACCCAGUACUACAAGACCAAGCGCGGGUUCGACAUUCUCAAUCCGGACCAACCCCUGAUCGAAGUCAAAAAGGUGCCCCGGCGCGCAGACCAUCUUCAAACCAUCAAACAAUCGGCUCUAGCUAAACACAAAUCCGGUGCUGCCAACUUUCUGAUUCCAGAACUUACUCAGAAGUAUCCUGUCACCGCGAGCGCUCUCCGAUCUGCAGAGUGGAUGGUCUCUGUUCUUGUACGCAUCGACGAUCUGUUGAAGGCGAUCGAGUUUAUGACUGAAUUUGGGCUCCAGGAUCAGAUUAAGCUUCCGCUGAUGCUCGAAGCCCUCACGGCGACCGAGACAUGUUAUGCCAUGAACUACCAGCGGCUCGAGCUGUUGGGCGAUACGUUCUUGAAGUUUAUGAUGACGGUCGACCUGUUUAUUCGAUACCCGCUCCUGGACGAGGGUCGGUUGACAUUAAAGCGGAUGACCACGAUUUCGAACAGUCACCUCUUCAAGCGGGCGACACGCUUUAAACUGCACCGGUUUCUGAACAAGCUUCUGCCGGUCAUUACGCACUUCUUUGUGCCUACACCUGGGCCUUCUUCUCCUUCUCCAUCCUCUGGCGAUACCCCUCCUCCUGGUCCUCCUAAUGGUUCGGUGGCGUCUGCCGAAGACUUCACUCAAUCAGCGACGACACAGUCUCAACCGCAGCCGCCGCAACGCAAGUCCCAGGUGGAAUGGCCGAUCUCGACAAAGACGAUGGCCGAUCUAGUCGAAUCAACUCUUGGCGCAGCCUACCUCAGCCAAGGCUUCGACUUAGGUCUCAAAGCCGCAGCCGCACUCCUGGAACCCCUCGAGGGGAUCCAUACCUGGGACGACUUUGCCCGCACCUCCUCCCAAACAGACGAUCCUCUCCACCCAGCUCACCCUCUUGCUACACCCUUCAAAGAAGACCCGCUUCUUGGAGACCUGGAUAACGUCGAAUUCUCGAUCGGGUACGAGUUCGUGAACAGACGACUCUUGGUCGAGGCACUGACCCAUGCGACGGCCGUCAAGCCUCAGACUCCCUGUUACCAACGACUCGAGUUCUUGGGAGACUCGAUCCUCGACAUGUUGGUGGCGGAUUACUGGGUCGAACGGUACCCUGUCUCCGGACCGGGUGUCCUCCACGAGAUCAAGUCUGCGAGUAUCAACAACCAGAUCCUGGGCGUCCUCUGUGUCCAACUGGAGCUCCAUCAACAUAUUUUGCAUUUCAGCUCUUCUCUUGCGACCGACAUCUUGCGUGCCACACAACAGAUCCAGGAUGCCAAAGAGGAUGCUCUCACAUCAGCCGCUACUGAUGAAAAUGCGACGACGACAGAGAGAGGAGAACCUAUGGGCGAGUACUGGGCCGAUUUCAACAUGACCAAGGUCUUGGGCGAUGUCCUCGAGAGUGUCUUUGGAGCCGUCUAUGUCGAUUCUGGUUGGGAUUGGUCCGCCGUCAAGGAGUUCUUUGAUCGAGCCGUGCUUCCGACGUUGAGGGACCACCUCUCGAUCGAGACGUUGACGAAGCAUCCUGUGAUUGAGCUUCAUCAUCGUAUCCAGGGAGCCGGAUGUCAAUCCUUCAAGAUCAAGAACCUGACCGUCGCUCAGGAAGAAGAAGACGGCCAAGUCGCUUCCCAACCCUCGGAAUCCUCGUCUUCGUCGUCAACACCUCUCACUACCUUUACCUCGCCACCAACUCCUCACCCCUCAGCGGUUGCCACACUCCCCGACUCGUCCUCCACCAUCCCCUACUCGCAGCAACACCGGCAAGGAUAUGGACAGGGGCAGGAACAGGGGCACCCAGACCAAACAUGCGCGGUCAUGAUCCACGGCCACCCGGUCGCCACCGCAACCCACACUCUGAUCCAAGUCGCCCGCAAAGAGGCCGCAAAACGAACCCUGGCCCUCCUCGACUCGGACCCCGAAUGGCUUACUCAGUUCUGUGACUGUCCUUCUUCGUUGACUCGACUCAAGAGGGUCCGUUUGGAAAGUUCCUGA